ACUUACCGCCAUUCGUAUACGUGGGAUCUCUUUUACAACGCUGACGCGCAACGUCUGUAGCAUACAAUCUUCGGCAAUCCAACGAGUCCGAAUUGCCCUUGCCCUGUACAAUUAUUUUAAGUGUAUCUCGUUCCGAUAUGGGGGAUCGAUCUCAAUCCUCUGAACGCCCGGCAUUACCAGACCCAGCGACACCCAAGCCUUCGUUACCACCCGGUAUGGUGCUUGGUCCGGACGGAAAACCUUGCAAAAUAUGUACGGCGUUUCGUAAUUGGAGGCCCGCCGCUUCGGGCACUACCAGUUCGAGCAAGAAAUCUACCGCAGGAAUGAUGGCUGCCUUUGCAUCUGGAACAGGCUUCCGAUCCCCCGAUCCUAAGCCAGAAAAUGCAACCCUGCCCCCACACUGUCCGCCGGAUGUCGAAGCCCUUGGACGUGCCACGUGGUCAUUUUUGCAUGUGACUGCAGCAUACUACCCAGUACGGCCCACUACCCACCAACGUGCAAAUAUGCUAAAUCUCAUCCAUGCGCUACCCGCCCUGUAUCCAUGCACACACUGCGCGGCGGACUUUGGCGAAAAAAUGAAGGAGCAUCCCCCAGACGUGAGCAGUCGGGAGAGGUUGAGCAAAUGGUUCUGUGAGCGUCAUAACGAGGUGAACGAGAGGCUAGGCAAGGAAAUGUUUGAUUGCGCAAAGGUUGAUGAGAGAUGGAAGGAUGGUCCACCCGACGGCAGCUGCGACUAGACCGUCUGCAGUAUGUUCGUGCAGGUGGGUUUGCAUCUUAAUCAUUCCUCAGGAAACACAUAAAUUCAUCAACAAGUACGGACUACAAUCUCCCAAUAAUACCACUCAUGGAAAAAAAACAUAGUCUUGUUCCGGGUCGAA